AUGGGAGGAAUGCAAAGCAAUCACUUUGAGAAGUGGAAAGAAGGUGGAAAAAAAGCCAUCACUCAAGAAGAGCACAUCAAAGAAGGCUCAAAAGAAGAAGUAAAGGAGCAAAAGCAGGAGCAAAAAACUUCUACACAGGAUGAUAAGUCAACCAAGAAGGAAGCAGUGAAAGCAUACCAACCAAUGCUAUCAUAUCCUGAAAGGUUCAAGGGAGAAAACAAAGAGAAGCAAUACUCCAAAUUCCUAGAGAUAUUCAAGACACUACACAUCAACAUCCCUUUUAUAGAAGCACUUGAACAGAUGCUACUAUAUGCUAAGUUUAUGAAGGAGUUAUUGAUAAAGAAAAGAUCCUUGAGAGAAGGACAAAUGGUUGUGAUGACCAGGGAAUGUAGUGCCAUCAACCAGAGAGAAUUGCAAGGGAAGAGGAAGGACCCUAGAAGCUUUCAUAUUCCCUGUACCAUAGGCAACAUGAUAAUUGAAAGAGCAUUUUGCGACCUUGGUGCAAGCAUAAAUCUGAUACCUCUAUCCUUGAUGAAGAAGCUUCAAAUCCAUGAAUUAAAACCCACACAAAUAGCUCUCCAAAUGGCAGACAAAUCCAUUAAGCAAGCACUUGGAGUUGUGGAGAAUGUAUUAGUAAAGGUAGAAAAAUUUUUCCUCCUAGCUGACUUUGUUAUUCUAGAUAUGGAGGAAGAUUACAACACUCUCAUCAUUCUAGGGAGACCCUUCCUAGCUAUGGACAGAGCAUUAAUUGAUGUUGAGAAAGGAGAAUUGAUGCUGAGAGUGCAUGAAAAGCAUAUAGUGUUCCAUGUCUUCAAGAGUUUGCAAGAUCUCAAUCAAAAAGAAGAGUGUAUGAAGAUUGAUCUGAGAGAUCCAAACUUGAAAGAGGCACCUGAUGAGUCACUCCCAAUGCACUUAAGCUCAUGCUGGAAAGAAAGGGAAGAGGUAGAACUGCUGCAACAAGCUCAAGGAGUUGAGGAGGAACUACAACCAAAGCAUCCACAUGAAAUCCUCAGCAAGAACCUUCCAACCAUUGAGACUCCAAAAUAUGAACCACCUCUUAGAAAAGAAGAGAAUCCCAAGAAGAAAGUGCUAAGAGGAUGGAGAAACAAAAAAAUUCCCACUGAAGGCCUCAUACCAGGAGACAAAGUGAUGCUAGCUUACCAAUCAAUGGAAACAUCUCCACAUUUAUCUGGAUACUACACAGUGAAUAAAAUCCUCUCACUUGAACAUGUAGAAAUCAUCAAGAAUGAUACUGGAGGAAAGCUGGUGCACGAAUUGUGA